AUGAUCAUUGAUUACGGCCAUUUUGGAGAUGUUAUCAGUUUCGACACAACGUAUAAAGUGGUACACAUCAAUAGACCAUUUGCAAUUUUCUUGGGUAUGAAUCAUCACCAGGAGACCAUUGUGUUUGGAGCAGCCUUAAUGUAUUAUAAGACAGCGGAUUCAUUUGUCUGGUUAUUUGAAAUGUUCUUGAAAGCAGUGGGUGGAAAAACACCAAAGACGAUUAUUACGGAUCAAGACGCUACAAUGGCGAAGGCAUUAAAGCAGAAGAACCUACUCUUUCUAUUUAAACGCAUUGAAGGAAUAAAGAAGGCCAUCUCAAAAUUAAUGUUCCAAAUUGAGGAGGAGGAUGAUUUUAUCAGGGAAUGGGAUUUAAUGAUUACAAAAUAUGGUGUUGCUGGUAAUAAGUGGCUUUCCACUUUAUUAGAUUUGAGACAUAAAUGGACCCUUGUCAAACACGACUGGUCUGCAGGAAUGAGUAACACGCAAUUGAGUGAAAGCUUCAAUGGUCAAUUAAAGUAUUACCUUUCCAGACAACUUAUUCUACCAGAAUUCUUCACACACUUUGACAGAUUGUUGUCGGACGAGCGGUACAAGGAGCAUGAAGCCGAGUAUGGCUUUGUGGAGAGGCAACCGGAACUAAAAAUAAAGUGCCACAUAUUACGUCAAGCGGGGAAGGAUGCAGAAAUUCCCGUCCAAUUUCUGAAUGAAGAAUCUUAUGUAACACCACCAGCUGUAUUCCACAUCAGGCAGCUUAAUAUUGGUGAACCAUAUAAUUUCAAAAGUGACCUGACUCGCCUGUUGAGUAUGGUGAGGAGGGUGGAUCGGCGCAUGAAGAGGCUUAAAGCGCUGUGGAAUGACAAGUCUGAUGACCAGGUCUUGGAAGUUCUCAACUCCUCUGACGCCACAAGCAACGACGGAACCUUAGGAAGGACGGUUGUUUUGAAGGCGGCUGGUUGUGAAGGACCCCUUAUCGAUGUGUAG